AUGUCGCCCUUGCAAAGCUGGCCCGUGAGUAAACGACAUUUGGAAACGCGCAAUGCUCGGUCUCCGGAGAAGGUUGAGUCGCGACCGGUUGAGUCUCGACCGGUUGAGUCGCGACCGGCUGAACCCAAGCCGCCGUUGGCAAGACGGGCCAGCUCGAGUCGACAAGUGCCGACGGAAGACGAGCGAUCAAUCCGGAAUUUGAGGGAUAGCGGCCGCCCUAGCAACAGCCACGAGAUGUACCAGGACGGCCCGUACCGGUACCGGGACGACCGGUAUCGCUGCCCGGACGGCCCAAAUCGACACCGGUACCCAGACGGUGCGGAACGAGAGAGGUACCGCGACGGUCCAGAUCGGUACCGAUACGUGGACGGGCCGGACUGUUAUCGGGAUGGCUCGGAUAGGCCACGAGAAAAUCCCGAAAGGCCUCGGGAAGGUUCCGAUAGGCCUCGGGAAGGUUCCGAUAGGCCGCCGGAAGGUUUGGACAGGCCUCGAGAAGGUUCGGAUGUAUACCCGAAUAAGUUCAACCCGAGUAGAUUUAACAGUGGGCCGGAAAAAUUCCACAAUGACCCGGACAAAUUCAACGGUGGACCGGAAAUGUUCAACGGUGGACCGGAAAGGUUCCAGAACGGCCCGGAAAGGUUCCAGAACGGCCCGGAAAGGUUCCAGAACGGGCCGGAAAGGUUCCAGAACGGGCUGGAAAGGUUCCAGAACGGGCCGGAAAGGUUCCAGAACGGGCCGGAAAGGUUCCAGAACGGGCCGGAAAGGUUCCAGAACGGGCCGGAUAGGUGUUCAGAGCCUCGCAGUUCGUACCUGGGUCGGAGCAGCGUGGCCGUGCACGGGGUCUCGCGGGUCGGGGCAGUUGUACGGCGCGACUCCGAGGACCGUUUGGACCGGGUCGUGGACCGGCGGUCACGAACAAAGUUCGGAUAUGUGCGCUACGGCGGUGUCCGGGCUCGUACGCAAUUGCUGGUCGAACUGGAUUUGCUGCGCGAAGCGGUCUAUAAGAGCUCGGAUGAGGGAGCCGCCGAAGACCUUCUCCUCUCCAUGGUUGGCGACGUCCACGACAUGCUUGUCGAACUCAAAAUACAACAGGCUGCCCCCUAG